AUGCCGGCAGUGCACGUGAAGAGUGACAAGGUCCAUUACACCUCUGAAGCGAUCGAGUCACUGUAUGACUAUGCCACGACGCGCGUGAGACGUAACUCAGACGGCACGGUGUCGGUGGAGCCGGUGAGUCACCGACUGCUGUUCCGCACGGAGCGCCACGUGCCGCGCGUGGGCGUGAUGCUGGUCGGCUGGGGCGGCAACAACGGCACGACAGUGACGGCGGGUAUCCUUGCGAACAAGCUGGGUCUGAAGUGGCGCACGCGGCACGGCAUGCAGUCGGCCAACUACUUUGGCUCCAUUACUCAGGCCAGCACCAUCAACUUGGGCAUGACGCGCGACAUGGACGAGGUCUUCGUUCCGCUCAAGGACGUGGUGCCGAUGGUGUCGCCCGACGACCUGGUUAUCGGCGGGUGGGACUGCAACAACAUGAACCUCGGCGACGCGAUGCGGCGCGCUGCCGUUCUGGACGUGCAGGUACAGGACGCGCUCUACUGUCACAUGAGCAAGUUGUGCCCGCUGCCGGCCAUCUUCGAUAUUGACUUCGUCGCGGCGAACCAGAAGGAUCGCGCGAACAAUGUGAUCGACACGCAGGACCGCUGGGACGCAGUGGGCCGCGUGCGCAAGGACAUCCGCGACUUCAAGGAGGCAAACAAGCUGGACAAGGUGAUUGUGCUGUGGACUGCCAAUACGGAGCGCUUCAGCGAGCACCGCGACGGCGUCCACGACACGGCCGAGAACCUGCUGGCGGCGGUGAAGCGCAACGAGUCGGAGUUGGCGCCAUCCACGCUGUACGCGAUGGCGGCCGUUCUUGAGAAGUGCAGCUUCAUCAACGGCGCGCCGCAGAACACACUGUGCCCAGGGCUGGUGGAGAUGGCGCGCGAGGCGAAGGUCUUUGUCGGCGGUGACGACUUCAAGAGCGGUCAGACGAAGAUGAAGAGCGCCCUGGUGGAGUUCUUUGUCGGCGCCGGCAUCAAGCCCGAAUGCAUCGCCAGCUACAACCACCUCGGCAACAACGAUGGCUACAACCUGUCCAGCCACAAGCAGUUCUGCUCGAAGGAGAUUACCAAGAGCAACGUGGUGGACGACAUGAUCAAGUCCAACUCGGUGCUCUUCCCCGAAGGCGCGAGAAAGCCAGACCACUGUAUCGUCAUCAAGUAUAUUCCCUACGUCGGGGACAGCAAGCGCGCACUAGACGAGUACACCUUCUCCAUCUUCAUGGGCGGCCAGCAGACAGUCGUGUUGCACAACACCUGCGAGGACUCGCUGCUUGCAGCGCCGCUCAUCAUUGACCUUAUCGUGCUCACCGAGCUCAUGGAGCGCGUUACGAUCUGCGCCAGCGACGAGCUGAAGGCGCCGUCACCAGUGUCCUUCGAGCACAUGGAAACGGUGCUGUCCAUCCUGUCCUACCUGCUGAAGGCGCCCGCCGUGCCCGAGGGCACGCCGGUCGUUAACGCGCUCAAUCGCCAGAGGGCGGCCAUCGAGAACUUGCUGCGUGCCAUGAUUGGGCUGCCGGCCGACAGCAACAUGCUGCUCGAGUGCCGCGUCCCCUUCAUGCGCGAGGAGCACGUCAACGGCAAGUGA